AUGAUGGGAGGAAGCAGAAUGGGACUGGGUAUGCGCCCAACACAAUCCGUUUAUACAAACUCUCCGACGGGACCUUCGUCGCAACAGCUUACGCUCUUUGUGGGCUCCAUCUCACCCGGGAUCACAGAUGCAUUCCUUCAAGCUCUGUUCGCGGCCUGUGGGCCCCUGAGGAGCUUCAAACGACUGUUGACGCCCAUCGGAAAGCCUCAAGGCUUUGGAUUCGCAGAGUUUGAUCAACCAGAAGCGAUGGUACGCGCAAUAGAGCUCCUUAAUGGUACGGAACUGCCAUCACAAGAAGCGGGACAACCGAACAAGAAACUUUUGGUUAGGGCUGACGAAAAGACUGGAAAUUACCUCAAGGCUUACGAGUCGUCGCGAAUCAAAACCGACCAAGACGAAUUUCAGACAGAUACGUCUCGAACCAUCAUCGAGGGGUUGAUUGAAGGACUGCGAAACGGGCAGCCGCUCCCAGAUGGCGACCAGCAAGCCGACCAGCAAUCUGUCGUUCCUCCCCACCUCCAUGAUCUCCAAGAGGCAGAUUUGCCAGAGAACCAACGCGGUCUCGUCAUAUCAGAAAUCGAACUCUUCCGUCGACAGUCGGUCAAAAAGGCAGGAAUGGAUAAGACUGCUGGCGUUGGACCCGUGAAUGCAGUUGGUGGAAGCACAGGCUUUGGUGCUCUCUCCCAACCAAAAGGACGAGGGUGGGGCCAACGACAAAACAGUAUAGGCAGUGGUCCUCAGACACCCACUGGACCGAGUACUCCUACGCCGACGCGACCUACACAUAGCCCAAGUCGAUCCGACUCUCGUGGACCAGAUCCACAGAGAUAUCAUGGCCAAGCGCCAGAGUUUGUCAAGGCAGAAGCCGGGAAGCAACACGACGAGGAGCGCGAACGUGAGCUCAAGGCGAAAAAGUCAAAGGCGGAUGAUCAAGAGUUCCGACAUCGCGAACGAUUGUGGGAGAGCGCAGAGUACAAACGCAUUAAACGGUUCAGUCACAUGGCAGCUGUCGAAAGUGCUGUGCAAGAAAACGAAGACAAAGAUCGUCAGGAUAUGAAGACGCGGCUGGAGAUUUGGGAUGAUGACGAGAGUGACGAGCUUUUCUACGUGGACAGGGCUGAGUGGAGGCGCAAGCGACAACGUACGCUUGCAAGAGAAAUGGCAGAGGAUGUACAUGCACGCAACGUUGCUCGCGCCGAGGAGGAACGAGCCCAGCGCGAGUCACAACUAUUCCUGGAGAAACAGAUGGAACAAAUGCGUGCAACACAGGAGGAGCAGAAAAAGGCUGGUCUCCUCGUCGACGACGCCGCUCCCAUCAAACUCAACGUCGCACUCGCCACCAAACCCGCUCAAACCGCUGCAGCUGCACAAGCUGCGCCCGCAGAACCACGGGUAGUCUUUGGCCAAGAAGAAGAAGACGAAGUUGUCGUGAAGAAGAAGCGGAUGCCCAUGGUCGAACUGGACCUCUUUGUCGAUGGCGAAAAGGCAAAGGAAAAGUUGGAAUCAAUCAGGCAGCAAGUGUCGAAAGAAAAAGACGCUCUAUGGAAAGCGAAGAUUCGCUGGGAGGCUGUUUCAGAUUCCACCAUUGAACGAAAGCUGGAGCCCGUGAUUCAAAAGAAGAUAAAGGAAUUCUUGGGAGACGUCGACGACGAUCUCGUCAUGUUUGUCAUCGAACAUCUCAAGGAUCGCAAGGGGCCGAGCAAGCUGGUCGAAGGGCUAGAACCUGUUCUCGAAGACGAGGCGGUUCCGUUCGUGAUCGCUUUGUGGCGCCAAGUAGUAUUCGAAAGCGUGGCAUACGGAGAAGCGUUGGAUACCGAAAGCUUGAUGGUGGACGAUUGA